AUGUUACAUUUUCGUCGAGCAUUAUCCACGACUGUAUCUUAUGCAUCAAAGCCGUUAAUAAGUGUUGAUUUAAAUCGAUCAGCAACUGAUCAAAUAAUUCCACUUCAUAAUCGUUGGCAUCCAGAUAUUCCAAGUGUUGUUUCUGUGCGUCGAAAUGAAAUAUUUCGUAUUGAAUGUGUUGAUUGGACAGGUGGACAAAUUCAAAAUAAUGAUUCAGCUGAUGAUGUUAAAAAUGUUGAUUUAACACGUAUUCAUUAUUUAUCAGGCCCGAUUGAAGUUGAAGAUACUCAUCCUGGUGACCUUCUUGUUGUUGAUAUUCUUGAUGUUGGCCCACUUUCAUCUUCAAUGUGGGGUUUUACUGGAAUUUUUGAUAGAAAAAAUGGUGGAGGAUUCUUAAGUGAUUAUUAUCCUCAUGCAAGAAAAGUGAUUUGGGAUUUUCAAGGAAUUUAUGCAACAAGUCGUCACAUAAAAGAUGUUCGAUUUGCUGGUUUAACACAUCCAGGUAUUAUUGGUUGUGCUCCAUCAUAUGAUUUAUUACAUCAUUGGAAUAAACGUGAAAAAGAUCUAAUUAAUCAAUGUUCACAUUUGCAUCAUAAAGAUGCUGUUUUAGCUAAUCCACCAAAUGAAAAAAAUGCUUUAUUGGGUCAAUUAAAAUAUCAGGAUAAUAAAGAUCUUUGGAAAAAAAUUGCUAAUGAAGGAGCACGAACAAUUCCACCACGUGAACAUGGAGGAAAUAAUGAUAUUAAAAAUAUUUCACGUGGUUCACGUGUUUAUUUACCUGUUUAUGUUAAAGGAGCAAAAUUAAGUUUAGGUGAUAUUCAUUUCUCUCAAGGUGAUGGAGAAAUUUCUUUUUGUGGUGCUAUUGAAAUGAGUGGUUAUAUUGAUUUACAUAUUGAUGUAAUCAAGAAUGGAAUGUCUCGUUUAUCAAUUACAAAUCCAUUAAUUCAACCAGGUCCAAUUGAACCACGUUAUUCAAAAUAUUUAACAUUUCAAGGAAUAUCAGUUGAUGACGAAAAUAAACAACAUUUUCUCGAUGCAACAUUAGCUUAUCGUCAAGCCUGCCGUGCAGCAAUUCGCUAUUUAACACAUUUUGGUUAUAGUGAAGAACAAAUUUAUUGUUUAUUAGCAGCCGCACCAAUUGAAGGUCGUAUUUCAUCAAUAGUUGAUGUUCCAAAUGCAUGCUGUACACUUUCUUUACCAUCGGAAAUAUUUUCAUUUGAUAUAUCACCUGAAGCAGCAAUUAAAUUCAAUGAAAAAGUUGAUCGAGGACAAGUAGCUAAGACAUCUUAA